UUUUUCGGAUGCAUCAGGUGCUCUUUUUAUGUCGACUUCAGUCCCUGAAACUUACCAUCUGGAGUUAAAAGUCCUGAGUUUGGUUAUUCCCUUCUUGGAAGCUCCACGAUCACCUAUGUACUACACAAAUGGCGAAACCAAAGUAGGAAAAAGAACUGCUAGAGAUGUUGCACUUCUGGGCCCUAAUGUGACGAUUUACCAUGACAAGUCCUGGCCCAGAUCAGACCUUGAGUGGGAAAAGCUUCUUCUCCUUGUAGUGGUUGGUGAGGCUUCCGCAAGAGCAGCAAAGCCCUCGCAGGCUGUCGGCGAGGAUCAUGGCCCUUGCUUGAUUCGCCCAUAUUUGGGUGAGGGCAGCUUUGCCAUGGUGGCCUUGCCGCUGGUGAAGGUGGCCUUCCCCGCAAUUGGUAAAGCCAUGGCAGUCUUUGCCAAGGCGAGAUUGGGCAAGGGCUUCAUGGCCCUCAUUGGAGGCUUGUUGACAACUGGGGAAAAAAAGGCUUCAUGGCCCUCAUUGGAGGCUUGUUGACAACCGGGGAAAAAAAGCCGAAGGAGGAAGAAGAGGAAAGAGAAAAAGAAAAAAAUGAUAAUAAAAUUUGAAGAAAAAUAUUUAAAAAUUUUCACGUUAGCGUUAGUCAAAUGGCUAGCA